CAGGAAGCUGCAGAAGGAGCACCCUCCACUUAUCAUCUCUGAGGCUCUCGUGUUGAUGAUUGGAAACUUUUUUGCACACAUGUGUUAAUAGUGAAAUGGAUUUUCCAGGUUCAACAGCAUUUAAUGGAGAACACAGACACAGCCUCUCACAAUGUAUUUUUCCAAGUUACGCUUGUGCCUUUUUGGAUGAUGACCCUGCCUAUGAGUGUUGUUCCACAAGUCCUCUGACAGGCUCCCUUUCCCCAUGUCGCCACAGCCCUCGACUGCUUUCUAAUGGUUAUUACGUUUUGACAGAAGACAGUUUUCUGACUGAUGAAGAGGGCAACAUCACACUGACACCAUCUCAGACAACUGUUAGAUAUAAAGAGAAUUUGGUUCGCGUAUUCAGGCGAAGGAAGAAAAUCCGUCGCUCUCUGGCCAGCUUGUUGAACCUCAGCACCUCCAGUUCAUGGCCCAGCAGCAAUAUGGAUUCCUCCCAUGUAGAUGAUCCUUGGCCUGAUGGAUGCGAUAAACUAGAAGCCAGUCAGAGUGAUACUGGUGAUUCUGACUUUUUUUCUGAAUAUAAUAGUCAUGUGCCACAAAGGCAAACUCCAGUAUCUAAUGGAGCCCCUCUCACCAAAGAUGACGAGUUUCUUCUGCCUGAGAAACCAUUCUGUGCUUCAAAAUCCUGCUCUCCAUUUAUGAUAAAUGCAAAUGGAGAGACUUUGAGCCAUGCAGAAUCCAGGAGAGUGCAAAAUGUCCUUUCUCAGAUGGUUGCACUGAUCACAUGUUUAAUCAUUUCAAUAUGCAUAAGAUACUUUCUGGGAGGAUUGUCUGCCACGUUGUUGCUGAUAAUUUUAGUUUGUCUUUUGUCCCAAGAUGCUGCUGUGUCAUCUUCCUUCAGUCUUGACACAUCUUUCAAAACAGCUAAGUUUUGGAAAUAAUCAGAAAGAAGAGUAACCGAGAUAAUGGAUUUGCAUAGUGGUUCCCACAUAUUUCAGAAGCUUUAUUGUCUCCUGUGUGUGCAUUAUGAAAAAAGAAGAAAGGAAGAAAUAAAUAUUAUUGGAAGGAAAGCACUCCUCAGAAAACCAGGAAUCAGGAUGUGGAGAAGCAGUGAUGAAUUUGAAUUACCUGGAUUCCCUUACAAAAAUACGAGACCUGCAGGUUAUUUACUUUGGAAACACUGAGCCCUAUUUUUCAGCUUGGAUCUUUGCUACAACAGAGACUAAAUUACACAUACAAUCUGUGGGUAACCAAAACCUGUUAUCUUGUGACUCCAGGCUUUUAAUAAUCUGCUUCUUAAAAUAUCUCCCUCUAUGCCACUUUAUCUAGGACAACAUGGAUUUCAUCUUCCCGUGCAACAAAACAAUGAUAAUGUGUGAGGACUCUAUUGCCCAUUAAAUCAAUCCAUAACUAGUGCUGCUUCUAGUCUGCUUGUCUCCUGUUGUGCUAAAAGCAGAGCUAGCACAGACCCCGCUGGUAAAGCAGACAUGAAAUGCUGCCUGCGGAAGGGCUGGGUCUGCCCAUGGGGUACAAUCAGGCUGGCAGGCAGAAUACCAGGGGUUUGAAAACUCUGCAGCAAAAGUGCACAAACAAAAGGUUCUGGUGGAAGAAAGAAUCGACAAAACUGAAACACCACUGUCUGUCCAAAUCUAUGUCCAAACCAAACUCAAGCAAGUUAUAGAUGUAUUUCUAGCAUCAAAAUUCUGAACAAGUGAUGCAAUGAGGAAUAGAGUACUUGCAGUUAAGUUCAAAUGUACAUUUCUUUUUCAAAGUGUAAAUAUAUGAUGGUUAUAUUUUGAAGAUAAACAUAAACAGCUCAGCAUUAAGAGCUCAGAGAGGGAAAUUUCACCCAAAGUACCAAUUUUGCAUAGUAAUUUAAUUUUGACCAGUCCAUUAAAUGGACUUUAUAUGAAUGCAGACCAUCUGAUCUUACAAGACCAGGUUUUAUAGUUUCAGUAAAUGGCAAAAAUAGGAUGCUCUUCUUCAUAAAACUGAUGUAUUAUGUAACUAUAAUAGUAGUUCUAAUACUUAUCCUCAUAUUUGCUUGUAGUUAAUACAUCUGAAUAAUUUUGUUUGUAUUAAAUAAUUCUGCUUCUUUAUUUUAACUAUGGAGACA